AUGCCCUACCGCAACUACUCUCGCGACAUAGUACCCCUAUCCCGCUCUAGUCGAAGCCGAGACCCAUACGCCUACGCAGUUGUUCGUCGCCGCAGCCGUUCUCGAAGUCUUGUCAAUGAACGCCGUCGUCAGCGAGACAAAGCAUGGGAGAGAAGUGUGGACGCACUCAGGGACCGAGCAGCGAGGGACUAUGUCGGAGAUCUGGGAUGGACGCUUGCCUAUGCUACGGCUUGGCUGUACAAAUUCCUGGUCGAUAACAGGACCGAGGUCGUGGAUGCCGUUGAUAGAGCGCGGGAGGUCGAGACUGUAACACCGGAGACGCCUUACCUUCUCUUCAACCUUCUCGAUCAGUCUUGUUUCGAUGGCAAGCUUGCGGGAAUGGUCUAUUUGAGAUGGAAGGCGCUGUCUAGUAAUGUCUCUGGCUGCACGAGCGCACAAGGAGUCAUACCAAAUAUAACAAGGAUCUGCAUCGAACUCAACAAGUCCGAAUUCGAGGAUGACGACGGCGAUAUCGACGAUCUUCUCGACGCACUGAUACACCAGAUGAUCCAUGCCUACUUCGUGGUGGCGUGUGGGAAGGUGCCAGAAGGCGCAAAGAACGACGAUCGCUUGCUGGAUGGUCUCCAUUUCGGAGUCAUAGUGUACACGAUAUGCGAUAUCACACGACAAUGUCGGGAAGACCGCCUCGAGCUCGAGUUUUAUGCCGCUCGCCGAAGGACAGGUUUCAGUGCGUCUCGGAGCCGCAAAAACAAGUUCAUCUCCAUGAUGCCGCAAGGCAACGAUUUGGCCAACGCAUCACGCGACCAGAAAACACACUGUAACCUCGACAAUCGUGGAGUCAGGUGGGCCCAGAUCAAGAACUGGCAGGUCAACGAGUUCUCCGUUACGUUUGAUCUUGGCUUAGUUGGCAAGGGCGACUUCAUACAUGACUACCGCCCGAGUGGUGUGUUCGAGCGUUUCGAGCGUCGGACUGGUCCUGCCUCGUCUACAUAUAUUGAGCUGAUCUGGGAUGACAGGCGUGUCAUUGUUAGCCGGAAACAUGCCCUUUCAUAUUCUAGUAUCAAGAGGCCUCUUAUGAAGAACAACAAGAUGGAGCUCACGAUACCAGAGUGUAGCAUACAUGUCUUCGGGCAAAUCUAUGACUUCUUCAACCGCGGUUCAUACUACAGGCAGAUCCCGGCCAAAAGCACGACCUCUACCAGCUCUCGCCUCAGUCGUCAAGGUCCACCGACACUGGUACCUGGCCGCCAUUCAUGGCGCCGGAGUGACACCAACCUUGUUGUGCACCUCGAGACCUUCAAGGUUGCUCAGUCCAUGGAGUUUGAGGAGCUAGAGACUUACGUGCUUCGGGUUCUGUGGGAUCUGCCUGUCAUAUACGACGAUCCCAUCGCGGCGCUCAAGGUGCUAUAUAACGAGAAUGACAACAGCGGACCAAUACACGCAGAGCUGCACAAGUGGGCUCGCAAAUUCCUGGGCCGAGUGGAUCGAGGCAUUCAUCAUGGCGAUGGACUUCAGUAUGGCAGGGGUUAUGCCGGCACGACAAAUCUCGAUAAGAUCAAAGCAUGGUACCCAGAAGAGUUCAAACAGCUCUACUAUCGUAACAUGGCGUUCAAAGACGACAUCAAGCUUGUUGAAGCUGAAUGCGAGAAAGCGAUGCGCGACUCGUACUAUGGCGAAGGGUAUGGCGCUAUGUCACCCCUACGAAUUGGAGCGGGCAUAACGGAAGUCGUCGACACUGUCGCCCGGCGCAAAGAACUCAGCAUGUACCCGACCUCACGCCAGCUCGCGAGGCCAAGAAGUUGGAGCUCGCCUUAUGAUGCUCUUGUACCGCUUGCUGCACACGGCUCGAUGUCGACCCUCGACUCGCUUGAUCCUAUCAUGACGCCUAGAUCACUGGAUGAUAUGAGAAUUCCAAGAAAUUUGGGCGGAGUGCCGAAGAGGUUGACAUUUGGUGGGCUUGGCUGGGGCCAGGGUGGUCUUGCUUUGCCUGGCUUGAAUGCUGGCAUGGGCGUUGGUAUAGAUCUUGGUGGUCGAGGACUUGGUCGAGGGCUUGGUCUGCGGAGCAGAAGAGGAAUUGUUGACGCUUGGGAGGAGGAGGAUGACGACGACAUUUUGGUCCGUGGUCCUGGCUUUCGCUACGGGAGGUGA